GAAUAUAAGAAAUAUACGUAUGGUCAUCGAAUCACGAAUCAAUCGGUUUCUUAAUUUUUUAAUUUUUUUGGAGACUUUAUCAGUUGAGUAUUAUUUCAAGACUUCAGAUAUAAUAACCAGUUAUAUUGGAAAACUAUCUAAUUAUCGUUUUACCAAGAAGUGGCGGGGCAUUCAAAUGUUGCUUGCUAGAUGGAAAUUCCGUCUAAUUUCCACCCCCACGAAAAGUCGGCGCAUGCUCAGUGCUCUGUGCUGGGCAAUCGGCAUUUGGCACUUGGCGCUCACUUGGCAACCCUCGCUGAUGGGGGUCGGAAAACGAGGGGCGAGUUGGCGGAGUGGGGCACACGAGCGCCGAGCUUGCGUCAAAUGCGGACGCCAGUUGGACGCAGCUCGGGAUUGGAGGCAGCCACGUUUCCCAGCCAUCCUCCGUGUGUGUCGCAGCAACAUUGUCUGUGUGUGCCGUGCCGUGCCGCAUCUGUGGCGUCCCGUGAACGGGAUGUAAAGAGGAUCUUCAGCGCUCAUCGCCUCAUUACCAUUACCCAAAUUCAGGAGCUCCAGUUGGAGGCUCUGCUCCUGCCCGAAUUUUCUUUGUUAACCGGCGAUUCUUGUGCUUUCUACGCUUACACCACUAACGGAGAGCUGUAAUGGGGCAGGAGACGAAUGUGUUCCGUGUGAGCAUGUGCAUCAUCGUCUCACUGUCGAUCGCGAUCUUCGACUCUAACUGGCACUCGCUUACCGUGUGAGUUUCCCCUCCCAGGGUGGCGCAGUUGGAAAAUGAGCACGUGCGAGGCGGCGGCCGCUGGUGAGGAUGGAAGCCAGGCCAAGUCUGAGGAGAGCCAGCCGCCGGAGGAUCAGAAAAAACAGCAGCAGGAUAAGCAAGAGAAGCAGCUGGAUAAGCUUCAGGAUAAAACUCCACAGAAUGGGAAAGCCGAAACGGAGGCUCCGGAAAAACCAAAUCAACACCCCCAGUUGGAAGGCAUUCGGAGUUCUGUUCUCCUGGAUGCCGGUGCUGCCGCUCCCUCGAUAGACGCAUUGGUGGCCUGCAAAGAUGCACUGCUCGCCCAGAAGCUCUUUGCUAGCGGAGGAAGCUCCACACCCGGACCCAGUCCUACAUCCACGGUGGUGGGAGCAGGUGGGGUGAGCGGCAAGGAUCUGAUGAAACUCAAGGAGCCUAUGCGCGUGGGCUUCUACGACAUCGAACGGACUAUUGGCAAGGGCAACUUUGCUGUGGUCAAGUUGGCUAGACAUCGAAUCACCAAGAACGAGGUGGCUAUUAAGAUUAUCGACAAGUCGCAGCUGGACCAGACUAACCUCCAGAAAGUCUAUCGCGAGGUGGAGAUCAUGAAGCGCCUGAAACACCCGCACAUCAUUAAGCUCUACCAGGUUAUGGAGACCAAGAAUAUGAUCUACAUAGUAUCCGAGUAUGCCAGCCAGGGCGAGAUCUUUGAUUACAUUGCGAAGUACGGACGGAUGUCCGAGUCGGCAGCUCGCUACAAAUUCUGGCAGAUCAUCUCGGCGGUGGAGUACUGUCACAAAAAGGGCAUCGUGCAUCGCGAUUUGAAAGCGGAGAAUCUUCUUCUGGAUCUCAACAUGAACAUCAAAAUAGCGGACUUCGGCUUCUCCAAUCACUUCAAGCCAGGUGAACUACUGGCCACAUGGUGCGGAUCCCCACCAUACGCAGCUCCCGAGGUUUUCGAGGGCAAGCAGUAUACGGGUCCAGAGAUUGAUAUUUGGUCGCUGGGUGUCGUUCUCUAUGUACUGGUUUGUGGGGCACUGCCCUUUGAUGGAUCCACGCUGCAAAGCCUGCGGGAUCGAGUGUUAUCCGGACGCUUUCGCAUCCCGUUCUUUAUGAGCUCCGAGUGCGAACAUCUCAUCCGCCGGAUGUUGGUGCUGGAACCGACAAGGCGAUAUAGCAUCGAUCAAAUAAAACGCCAUCGCUGGAUGUGCCCAGAACUGCUGGAACACGUCCUGAUAGCCAAGUACAAUCUGGGUGCCGAGCGACAGUCUGGUUUGGAGCCCAGCGAAGACAUCCUGCGUAUUAUGGCCGAGUACGUGGGCAUUGGACCAGACAAGACGCGUGCCAGUCUCAAGAAGAACACCUACGACCAUGUGGCAGCCAUCUAUUUGCUUCUGCAGGAUCGCGUUAGCCACAAAAAGGAACAGAGUAACGGCUCUGCUGCCGCCAGCCGGAUGCUCUACAAGAGCACAAAGAUCGACCAGCAGCCGCCACAGCAGCAGUCUAAGACAAUAUCCACCAGCUCGAUCCUGGCCAAGGAUCAGGCCCACAAAAGACUUAGCCGUCAUCAGACGGUGCUCAUGACUGAGCGAACAGCCCAUGCCGGUGCCACACCCACAGUCCCGGAUCCCGGUCCCGGAUACUAUGCCAAGUACGGCCCCCAGCAACUGCCACUUGCUCUGCCUAGCCACGCUCACAUGGCUGGGUACCUAAAUGGAGGAGGAGCCGAGGUGGAUGCCGCCGGAAUCCCCCUGCCCAUGAGGUACACUCCCCUACCGACGGCUGCCUCGCCCGCUCCUUCUAACUGCUCAUCAACCUCCUCGAGAGUCGGGCGACACAGCCUGACUUCCAAUUCGCCGAGAAGCCAUCGUCCAGUGGCCAUUUCGCUAAGCAUCGACAACAAUCCAUCCUUGGCUAACCUGCGCUGCCGGGAAAUGGAAGCUGGAGGCGGACCAGUAGGAGGAGUAGGAGUGCCUCUAGUGUCUAAGCAGCUUCAUCAAACCAUUACCGAGUACAUCAUCAAACAGAGCACCGAAGACUGCAGGGCCCUACUGCAGCAGUCCACAGCAGUGGCGGAUGGCAAAGAGGACCCAUUAAAGGUGGAAACUGGCGCAGGAGCAGCACCUUCGCCUGCCUCAACCACACCGACAUCGAAUGCAGCGGCGCCGGUCCCAGGAUCGGGCUCUUGCCCUGGAGAGAUUAACAGCAAGACAAUAAAGGCCAUGUCCAGCUCGAGCAGCUUCGACUCCAAAGCCAAUCUGGGCCAGAGCUUUCGCUAUAAGAUGUCUGCCGAGGCCAGCAAGCUUUUCCAGACGCUUCAGGAGAGCCCAUUGCCCGUGGAGCAACGGGCCAAGCAUCGUGUGCACGUAGGCAGCACUAAUGGCAGCGGGGGAGAGUCCGGCCAAGAAAUAAGUGAGCCGAAAUCAAACGGCGAAAGCCGCUCGGAGAAAAAGGUGCUGGCACAGGGCAGCUCCAGCACCGACGAGGGUUGCGAGACGGACCAGGGUAACGAUCCUGGAUCCCAAGAGUCAAAGGGCAGCAAUGGCGGCGGUAGCGGAAACGCCAAUGGCGGACCCACCUCACACUCUAGCAGCGAUCUGACCCACCUCGCCGGAACCGCCGCCUCCGGGCAAAGCCACAGAAUGCGCUCGUAUGCCAGCAGCAGCUCCUCCAGUGGAGUUCUUGCCGGAAGUGCUGGUAGCUACUCCAAAAGUCUGAGCCAAAACUUGAGUCGUGGCUCCUCCAAGAGCAACUGCAGUGGUCCUUACGAUAGUUUAGACUUCGCCUUGCCGUCCGGCAAGGGCAGUUUACCGUCGUGCAUGGGCUCCAGUUCGUUGCUGGCCACGCCCACCCCGGCCUCGGCUUCGCCGGCUGCCAUCUCGUCAGAACAUUCAUCGGAAAGAUCGCUAUAUGGUAGCCACAACUCCUGCAUCCAUAUGCCAGGUGCUCUAGCCUUGGGCUUGGGACUCCCGCAAAGUUCGGCCUCCACACCCACGCCAAAUCCCACACCACCACCAAAUGGGAGUGGGGUUCCGUUCCUCGAUAAGCGAUCACCCAUACACUUCCGCGAGGGGAGGCGGGCGAGCGAUGGACUGGUGGCCCAGGGUCUGCUGAGUUCCGGCUCCUUGCUCGGUACAAGUCGUGUUUACGGAAGUUACCGCUACGAGCAGGCCAAGCGGCACGGUUGGUUGGAAAUCCAGCAGCUGCAGCAAGAGGCGACUGUGGUGCAUCCACACCCAAAUGCCCAUCAGCAUCAGCAUACUCAUACACAUCCACAUCCCCAGGCCUACGGCUUGGAGGAACUCUGUCAAUUUCCAAAUGGUCAAUUCUACGCUGUCGCCGGUAAGCACCAUCCGCUGCUGACGUUACCACACCAUCAUGGGCACCCUGUACAGCAUCACCAUGGUCACCAUCCAAUGUUCCAUUCCGGCCAUCAAGCCACGCCGCUGCUGUUGGAAACCGCUGCAGGUGGAGACAUGUAUGGCCAUGGAUGCUAUGCUCCGCCACCGCCACCACCAGGACUUUACCCACACCAUCCUUUGGGUGUGGGAGUGGGUGUCGGUGUGGCCAUGCCCAUGUCUCCAAUGCAAAAGCCACCGCUCCAGCAGCAACUACUGCAGCACCGCCUGCUACAGCAGAAGCGUCAGUUGUUCCAGAAGCAGUACGCUUUGGAGGCACAGUUGGCCGGUCGACAUCACCAUCAUCAGCAGCAGCACCACUCGCAGGCUCAGCACAGCCACCAUCAGCAGCACCACCAUCACCACUUUGGUCACAGCCUGGGUAAUCCACCCCCACCGGCUCCGGAACAUCACUUGGCCGACGAGCUCUAUGAGUUGGCCCUGCUUGAUCGACCCAGGAGCGGAACUCCCAGACUGCAGCACUCCAUGACCAUGCCCGGGGCGCAUGCCUUCAGUCAGAUGAACCUCAAAACUUCCUACAUCAGUCAAUCGGAUCAGGUUUCGGGUCCGGUGCCAAAUGGAGGUGGUUCCGUCGCAGGAGGGUCUGGGGCUGGGGUAUCAGUGCCACCGUCCACAGCGCCGGGCACGCCGACGGUCAAGUGUAAGCCGGCCACCCCGCACGGUCACAGUCUGGAGUCGGAUUAUCAUACAUCGACACCUGUGCUCAGCUUAUUUACACCAAACUGGCAGUCGUUGGUGAAGCCGCUUAGCGAGAGCCCCAUACUGGAGAUAUCGGAGCACCUGGAGUCAGUCUGAGGCGGGUUGAUGCUCUCCUGAAAAGGCAUCGAACUAAUGGGUCCGGUCAGGAUCCACCUUUUUAUUAAGCUCGCAAUCGCAAUUAUGAAUUAUUUGAUCCAUAUACAAUAUACACCCAUACAUAUACAUAGCAUAUACACGUUCGUAUGCGGAAUCUAAAUCGGAGUCGUAGUCGGAGUCAGAGUCGGAUUUACAUCGAUGUCAGCAGGAAAUAUAUUUAUUGGAGAAAUCAUAGGAAAUCAAUACCGAACCGAGCGAUGCCGUAAUAUUGGAAGAUUUAGUUGUGUUACUAGCCUUAAGUAGUCCAAGUUUCGUACGCAUACACGCAGACAUAUACAAUAUGUAUAUUGAUAAUAAUAGCGUUAAGCUAUAGCUCUACUUAUGAUAACACUAUACACUAUUGUAUUGGCCCCCCGUAAGUUCGGAGUUGGGUGGAUGAGAACAACGUAACUACAUAUAUCAAUUAUUCGAAGCAUUUAUUGGGGGCAUAGAUAGGGUAUAUCCAUAUACGGAUAUAUCUAUUAUGUAUUGGUACAAUAAUUAGCGACAAGCAAAAAAAAAAGAAAAGAAAAACAAAACUCAAACAAAAACAAACAUCGAUUGUUCUUAAACAUGGAAUUCAAAUGUAAACCAGAUAUUAAAGUCAUUUGGUAUAAAAUGCAA